AGCAGCAACAGGACAGAAAACUUUGCCAAAAACUGAAGUGUUGUCGUUUUGAAAAGGAGACCACAGCAACAUUGUCCAAGCAGCACUCCAAGCGAGCGAUACAAACCAAACCAAUAAAUAAAAGUGCAAUAAGCAGCACUCGAAAAAUUCCGAAGCACUCAAAGCAAGGGACACAAACUGAAAAGUGCGAAAUGUGUCUGUAUUUGGGAGUCGCCGAGAAUUUGGUGGAUCUGGUUGCCUACUGUGUGUGCCGCCUGAUGGAGGCAACUAUAUUCAGCUUCAUGAUGAUGUGCAGCACGGCCAAGGCCAAGUUGAGCAGCAACAAUCAAAUCACGAUGGUCGAACAAUGACCACGAACCAUUUUCGCCGCUGGGCAGGAAGAAGGAUACAUCACCUCAAUGUGUUGAGAGACGGAUUGUGGGGGGCUCGAACAAUGUAUAACAUUUUGAUUUGAGUGGCUUUUCUAUAAUCUAAAUAUAUAUAUAUGUAUGUAAUUUUUGGCAUAGCAUAAA